AUGGCCGAGCUCCGGAUCUACGCCUUCGAGGGCAGCUACCUGGAGGACACGCAGAUGUACGGGAACAUCAUCCGCGGCUGGGACCGCUACCUCACCAACCAGAAGAACUCCAACAGCAAAAACGACCGGAGGAACCGCAAGUUCAAGGAGGCCGAGCGGCUCUUCAGCAAGUCCUCGGUCACCUCGGCCGCGGCUGUCAGUGCACUAGCUGGAGUUCAGGACCAGCUCAUUGAGAAGCGGGAGCCCGGCAGUGGCACAGAAAGUGACACUUCUCCAGACUUCCACAAUCAAGAGAAUGAGCCCAGCCAGGAGGAUGCAGAGGAGCUGGAUGGGUCUGUGCAGGGGGUAAAACCCCAGAAAGCUGCUUCCUCUACUUCUUCUGGGAGCCACCACAGCAGCCACAAAAAACGGAAGAACAAAAAUCGACACAGGUAUGUAUAUUAGGUUAGGCUGGGAAGUUUUUUUUAAAAACAGAAAAGCGUGAUGGAGGAUUGAUCUCAAGUUAAACAAAAAGCCAAGAGC